CUGUGUGGUGCACCAAAUCCUCUUUUCUCAUUCCAUUCUUACUCUCUCUCUCUCUCUCUCUCUCUCUCUCUCUUAUAUCCAUCUCUAUCUUCAUCUUCCUUGGUAUAAUUCAGGUUCAAAAAGCCAUGCAGGAGCUCUGUGAUCUCAAGGUGCACAUCAAUGGCCAACACACCUUCCUCAUCCACCAGGGGAUCCUCUGUUCCUUCUCAGGGAGGUUGAGGAAGAUGGUGGUGAUGAAGGAGAAGAAGAAGAACCAAGUGAGUUGGUGCCCUGUUAUCAAGAUCAUGGACUUCCCAGGGGGCCCAGAUGGGUUUGAAUUGGUUUCAAGAUUCUGCUACAGCAAUGGGAGGAUUCAGAUCACCCCCUCCAAUGUUUGCCUCCUCCAUUGCUCUGCUGUUUACCUGGAGAUGGGUGAGGAGCUCUCCACAUGCAACCUCUUAACCCAAACCGAGACCUUCAUGGAUGGGCUCUUCUACUGGACUUGGAGCGACAUCCUUGUUGCCCUCAAAAGCUGCGAGCCCUUCUUCGCCGCCGCCGACUCCUCGGGCUUGCUCGAAAAGCUCCUCUCCUCCCUCCUCUCAAAGAUCUCAGCCAACUCAGAGCUUCAGCUUGUAGCAGCAGCAGCAGCAGCAGCUGCUGCAGCAAACACACCACCUUCUUCUUCUUCUUGUUCCUCAUCCCCUGACACAGUUGGGUUCAGGUGCUCCUCAUCCACCAAAACACCUGAGUCCAUAAGGCCCUGUUUCAGCAGAGAGUGGUGGUUUGAUGAUCUGACCAUUUUGGCCCCACCCACCAUAGAGAAGAUGAUGAAGAUGCUUGGUUCCUGUGGGAACAACAACAGGAACCUUAUUCUCACCAGAUUCCUAUUACACUACCUCAAAUCAGCAGUUCAAAGGCCAAGCUUCAAUGGGGGAGUUGCUGGGUACAAAGCAGAGUAUGGUGGGCUUGCAGAUACAGCAGUUCAUGGUGUGGUUCUGAUGGGGAGAAGUGCCUUUUCCUGCAGAGGGCUUUUCUGGGUUCUUGGAGUGGUCUCUGGCCUUGGACUGAGCAAAGAAUGCAGGCACAAUCUGGAGAGGUUGAUGGGUCUAAUGCUUGAUCAAGCCACACUGGAUGAUCUGCUGGUCUCAGGAAGUGAUGGGAAUGGUGUGUAUGAUGUGAAUCUGGUUCUGAGAUUGGUGAGGGUGUUUGUGGGUUCUGAGGAAACUGGAGUUCCCUCACAGAGGAUGAAAAGAGUUGGCAGGUUAAUUGAUAAGUAUUUAGGGGAAAUAUCCCCUGAUCAGAGCUUGAAAGUGGCUAAGUUUCUUGGAGUAGCUGAGAGCUUGCCUGAUUCUGCUAGAGAUUGCUAUGAUGGGGUCUAUAGAGCUUUGGACAUCUAUCUUGAGUCGCAUCCGACUCUAUCUGCCGAGGAUCGCACGAGCCUCUGCCGAUGCCUAAACUUCGAGAAGCUCAGCCUCGAGGCGUGCAAGGACUUUGCGAAGAACCGGAGAAUCCCGCCAGGACUCGCAGUUCAAGCGUUAGCCUCGCAACAAUCCAAGCUCCAGAUCAGAACCAAUGUACAGAAUCAAAUCGACCCGAGUGAGACACCGAGAAAACUAGCAUGUGUCGAAUCCAAAACGGCUUCGCCAGAUAUUUUGGAUGAGAAAGAACAGCUUCGCCUAAAUCUGCAGAAAAUGCAGAGUAGGGUGAUGGAGCUGGAGAAGGCAUGUAGAGAGAUGAAGGGCCAAAUGUCUAAGAUGUUUAAGGGUAAAUCUUGCAAUAACACUAGCCAUCAAAGUGGUAGGGGAAUGCCUAGACUCUGUUGAGUCUUAAACCCCCCCCACCUUUCAUUAGAUUGAACAUAGAUAACACUUUCCUUUAAUGCAUUUCUUUUCUGUAAAUUUCACUGCUUUUUUAGGGUUUUUUUCUUUUUCUUUUUCUUUUUUUGCCUUUUCUUUUAGGGAUGCAAGAUUGAGAGGGAUGUAAAGUUUAGGAGAGAGCAAUCACUCUGUUUCAGCUUAAUUCUUUUGUAAGCUUUUAGCUGUGUGGUUUGGUUUCAUCAUUCAGUUUCACUGCAACAUUCUGAACUGAUUAAGAUUGAAAAAAGUAGGUGAGAUUUGAGCAGUUUGUAAA